CCUACCAAAGCUGUGUGGCUGAGCGAAGUGGAUGACGUCUCUGAAUUUGCGGGCCGCCGACGCAGGGCUGGGUUUCCAUUUUCAUAGCGAGUUUCGGGGGGGAUCGUCAACAUGGAGCAGGAGAUGGAGGACAAAACGGUGGAACUGGUGUGCUCUGUGCCUCGCUCUCUCUGGCUGGGCUGCUCCUCGGUGGCUGAGAGUUUGUGUGCACUCAGGUGCCUGCAGAGCAUCCCCUCCACCCGGGCUCACAACCAGAACACAUCAGGGAUGGAGUCACAGAACCUUGUGGACGAUCUGUCGCCAAAGAAGAAUACAGUUCUCAAGCUUAGUAACGGUCCUGUUGUGGGAUCUCGUAAACGCCCGUCAGAGGGGAACUAUGAGAAGGAGAAGGAGCAUUGCAUCGCCCUGUUUGACCAGUGGUCGGAGGCCGAGCAGGUGGAGUUUGUUGAGCGCCUGAUUUCCCGUAUGUGCCACUACCAGCACGGCCACAUCAAUUCCUACCUCAAACCAAUGCUGCAGAGGGAUUUCAUUACUGCGCUGCCAGCCCAAGGCUUGGAUCACAUAGCGGAGAACAUCCUGUCUUUCCUGGAUGCACGCUCGCUGUGUGCAGCAGAGCUGGUAUGUAAGGAGUGGCAGAGGGUCAUCUCUGAGGGUAUGCUGUGGAAGAAGCUCAUUGAACGCAUGGUCCGAACUGAUCCGCUCUGGAAAGGCCUGUCCGAGAGACACCAGUGGGAGAAAUAUCUGUUCAAGAACCGCACCUCAGAAAUCCCACCCAACUCCUACUAUCACUCCCUCUAUCCCAAGAUCAUUCAAGAUAUAGAGACUAUUGAGGCUAAUUGGCGAUGUGGCAGACACAACUUGCAGAGGAUUCAGUGUCGCUCAGAAAACAGUAAAGGGGUUUACUGUCUCCAGUACGAUGACGACAAGAUCAUCAGUGGCCUUAGGGACAAUUCCAUCAAGAUCUGGGAUAAACAGACUCUGGAGUGUCUGAAGAUACUGACCGGUCACACAGGCUCAGUAUUGUGUCUCCAGUAUGAUGAGAGAGUCAUUGUGACCGGGUCUUCUGACUCAACUGUCAGGGUGUGGGAGGUAACGACGGGUGAGGUGCUGAACACACUGAUCCACCACAAUGAGGCAGUUCUUCAUCUGCGUUUUGCAAAUGGGUUGAUGGUCACCUGCUCCAAGGACCGUUCAAUUGCAGUCUGGGAUAUGGCCUCGCCUACUGACAUCAGUCUACGCCGCGUCCUGGUGGGACAUCGGGCUGCCGUCAAUGUGGUUGACUUUGACGACAAAUACAUUGUGUCUGCCUCAGGGGACCGCACUAUUAAGGUAUGGAGCACCAGCACCUGUGAGUUUGUUCGUACUCUAAAUGGUCACAAGCGGGGAAUUGCCUGUCUACAAUACAGAGAUCGUUUGGUGGUUAGUGGCUCAUCUGACAACACAAUUCGGUUAUGGGACAUAGAGUGCGGGGCAUGCUUACGAGUGUUGGAAGGUCACGAGGAGUUGGUGCGCUGCAUUCGCUUUGACAACAAAAGGAUUGUCAGCGGCGCCUACGACGGCAAAAUUAAGGUAUGGGACCUGCAGGCAGCCCUGGACCCACGAGCCCCAGCCAGCACAUUAUGUCUGCGCACUCUAGUGGUGAGUAACAGCGAUUUAGCAUCCCCAAGUGUCUGACUAAUGAUGUGAGUGCAGCACCUCUGGGGGAGGGGAAGAUGUAGAUGUUUGCCUUUUUCAUACUAAAAAUACAAGGAAAUUUUAAUUUUGAUAAUUUUAACUACCAGUAAAUGCGUAUUUGUUGAUAUUCAACGUAGUCACCAUCCAGAUAUUAGUUUGUACAUUCACCUAAAACAAA